AUGGUGGUACAUACCUGUGAUCCCGGGAAAGGGGGAAAGAUACCUGUAUGUUGGAAGCAAUGUGUCCGCUGCUUACAUACACAGUUUGAUAAACCAGAAGAUGGAAGACUGAUUUAUACUGGGAACCUGGCCCGCACAGUAUUUGAUGUGAAAUGUUUCUCUUAUUCUACAAGUGUGCUCAGCCUUGCAUUUUUACCAUAUCUUUCACAAAGUAAUUUGACAUUUGAAAGUCUGCCUUUGCAAAUCUUAUGUUAUGGGAUCAUGGGAAUCUUCGCAGUGAUCACUCCCACGUUGCUCCACUUCCUUACAAAAGGCUAUGUCAUUCGGUUGUACCAUGAAGCCACAACCGACACUUACAAAGCCAUUACUUACAAUGCCGUGCUUUCAGAAACAAGCACGGUGUUCCAACAAAAUGAUGUGAAGAUUCCAGAGAGCUCACAUCUAUUUACCAGCUUUUAUGCUAAAACAAAAUCCCUGUUAGUUAAUCCAAUGCUCUUUCCCAACCCUGAAGACUAUAACCAUCUAAUGGGAUAUGACAAACCAUUCACUUUUGAUGAUCUAGAAAAAGUCAGUGAAAAGAAACUGCAUGGAGAUGAAAAAUGAACAUGUUGUUUGUUUUUGCUUAUGUCAUAUCUGUUUCAGUGUAUAAUACGAUUGCCUGUGUUUUGUUAUUGUUAAUGUGAAGACACAGUGCAGUUGGUAUAGUGUUUGCCUUACACGAGGCCCUGGGUUGGACCCUCAUCAUAUAAGUAGGAGUGCUUGUGAACAGCUAUAAUCCCAGCACUUGGAAAAUGGAGGCAGGAAGAUCAGCAAUUUGGGGUUUCCUUGGUGAUGAAGUAGGUUUGAGGUCAACCUGGACUGUGUCUGUCUUAAAAACAGAAAAUUGAUCUGGA